GAGGAGGAGGAGAAGAGGAGGGAGCGGGAGCUGGAGGAGGAGAUGAGGAGGCGACUGGACAUGGAGCAGGAGAACAAGAGGCCAUUCUCUCCACCUGUGCCCCUACCCAGGAAAAAGAAGCCACAGCCCCAGCCUCGCUCUACCCUGCCCACUGCCACCCACCUGGCUCCUGUCCCACGGCCCCGCAGCAAACAGUUUGAGGCCACUCCCUUUGACAACCUGGAGGUGCAUAUUGAACUGGCUGAGCUGGUGGGCCAGGUAGGGGGAGAGGAGCGAGCUAGGGAGAGGAGCAAGAAGAGGAAGAACACCAUCCGCUGGUUCAAGGAGACGCAGGCCCGCAAGGUGGUCCACAAUGGAGCCUUCCCUGCUGGUUCCAUGGCAUGAUUACACGCAGACAAGCAGAGGAUUUGAUGACGGACAAGCCUGUGGGCUGUUUUCUGAUUCGUGUGGGACAGAGCCGGGAGGGCUACACACUAACAUAUAAGGGGGCGAACCGGUGCAGGCACUUUAUGAUUGAGAUGCAGUCCAACGGGAAGUAUGUGAUCCUGGGGGAGGAUAAAGCCCACCCCUCCCUGCCUGAUCUGGUGCAACACCACAGCCAGGUGGGCAUCAAGCCCUUCAACGAGCUGCUCAGCACGCCCUGUGGACAGACAUGUGACCAGAACACAGACUACGAGGACUUGAAGGGCCUGGACCUCCUGGCUACAGCCAACCACGGGAGCCCCAAGUCUGGGGAGGAGGGUGAGUCAACCCCGACUCUGUCCACCUGGAGCUCCAGCGGCUCUUCCUGCCCCCGGGCAGGGCCCCAGCCUGGAGUCCCAGAGACCACCUGUCCUCAGGCGGAUAUCUGACCGAAGACACCGGGCCGUGGCUGGAGGAGGGGAGGCCCGUGGAGGGAGUAGAGGGGAGAGAGGAGAGGGGGAAGAAGAGGAGGACGAGACUGACCACAAGAGCAGGUCGUUCCCGGUUGUAUCCUUCCAUCCGAUUGGCUAUGAGGGAGAUCCAACAGCAUUUUCCAGAUGGCCAGGAUCAGAGCCCCUCUAUCUCUCACAGUACCACCAACCCCUCCUGGAGGAGGACCGAUUCAUAACCCAUGGGAUGGAGGGAGUUAAUGCUAUUUGUUGUUUUUCCCCAACUGAAUGAGUUAACUGGACCAUAUUCUGUCUAAGCUUUAUCCAUGAACAAAUUAUAAGGAGAUACAUCCUUGUUUACUAGUAUUUUAUUUUGUAACGAUUUAAAUUGAUGUGUGUUAAGGGGUUUUAUGUUUCUGAUUGUAUUGUUUGUUUAUUUAAAUGUAAAUUAUGCAGUGGGAAUGUUUACAUUCUGUGAUUUACUGAAUAUUUUUAUUUGUUUACAUUUUAGAUAUCUGGUUGUCCUCAAGUUUGUUUUUUCCCCCAUCAUAAUAAAAUCUGCAUGAAAAUGCUUCGGUGUUAACACA